CGGCUCUGAGUUCUUGGCCGAGGUCCCCGCAGCUGGCGUCGGGCUCCAGACAGUACAAUGGUGGGUGAAGAGAAGAUGUCUCUAAGAAACCGGCUGUCAAAGUCCAGUGAAAAUCCUGAGGAAGAUGAAGACCAGAGAAACCCUACAACGGAGUCCCUAGAGACACCUAGUAAUGGUCGAAUUGACAUAAAACAGUUGAUAGCAAAGAAGAUACAAUUGACAGCAGAAGCAGAGGAAUUGAAGCCAUUUUUUAUGAAGGAAGUUGGCAGUCACUUUGAUGAUUUUGUGACCAAUCUCAUUGAAAAAUCAGCAUCAUUAGAUAAUGGUGGAUGUGCUCUCACAACCUUUUCUGUACUUGGAGGAGAGAAAAACAACCAUAGAGCAAAAGAUCUGAGAGCACCUCCAGAACAAGGAAAGAUUUUUGCUUCAAGACGCUCUCUCUUAGAUGAGCUGCUUGAAGUGGACCAUAUCAGAACAAUAUAUCACAUGUUUAUUGCUCUCCUCAUUCUCUUUAUCCUCAGCACACUUGUAGUAGAUUACAUUGAUGAAGGAAGGCUGGUACUUGAGUUCAGUCUCCUGUCUUAUGCUUUUGGCAAAUUGCCUACCGUUGUUUGGACCUGGUGGAUCAUGUUCCUGUCUACACUUUCAGUCCCCUAUUUUCUAUUUCAGCGUUGGGCCACUGGCUACAGCAAGAGUUCUCACCCAUUGAUCCAUUCUCUCUUCCAUGGCUUACUUUUCAUGGUCUUCCAGAUUGGAGUUCUAGGUUUUGGACCAACAUAUGUUGUAUUAGCUUAUACACUGCCACCAGCUUCCCGGUUCAUUGUUAUACUUGAACAGAUUCGUUUUGUAAUGAAGGCACAUUCAUUUGUCAGAGAGAACGUGCCUCGGGUACUAAAUUCAGCUAAGGAGAAAUCAAGCAUUGUUCCAAUACCCACAGUCAACCAGUAUUUGUACUUCCUGUUUGCUCCUACCCUUAUCUACCGUGACAGCUAUCCCAGGACUCCCACUGUAAGAUGGGGUUAUGUUGCUAUGCAGUUUGCACAGGUUUUUGGUUGCUUUUUUUAUGUGUACUACAUCUUUGAAAGACUUUGUGCCCCCUUGUUUCGGAAUAUCAAACAGGAACCCUUCAGUGCGCGUGUUCUGGUCCUAUGUGUAUUUAACUCCAUCUUGCCAGGUGUGCUUAUUCUGUUCCUUACUUUUUUUGCCUUUUUGCACUGUUGGCUCAAUGCCUUUGCUGAGAUGUUACGCUUUGGUGAUAGGAUGUUUUAUAAGGAUUGGUGGAACUCCACAUCAUACUCUAACUAUUACAGGACCUGGAAUGUGGUGGUUCAUGAUUGGCUAUAUUACUAUGCUUACAAGGACUUUCUCUGGCUUUUCUCUAAAAGGUUCAAAUCUGCUGCCAUGUUAGCUGUCUUUGCUGUGUCUGCUAUAGUGCACGAAUAUGCCUUGGCUGUUUGCUUGAGCUUUUUCUAUCCCGUGCUCUUCGUGCUCUUCAUGUUCUUUGGAAUGGCUUUCAACUUCAUUGUCAAUGAUAGUAGGAAAAGACCGAUUUGGAAUGUUCUGAUGUGGACUUCUCUUUUCUUGGGCCAUGGAGUCAUGCUGUGUUUUUAUUCUCAAGAGUGGUAUGCACGUCAGCACUGUCCUCUGAAAAAUCCCACAUUUUUGGAUUAUAUCCGGCCACGUUCCUGGACUUGUCGUUACGUGUUUUAGAAGCUUGGAUUUUGUUUCCCUCCUUGUCACUGAGGAUUGGGUAUUCUUCCUGAUUUGGAGCCAGCUGUUUCCAGCUGUUACUGAAGUUAUCUGUGUUAUUUGGACCACUCCAGGCUUUACAGGUGGUUCACUCCAUUCCUAGAUCACUUGAAGCAGAGCUGUUGGAAGUUCACUGACAUCUUCUACACUUGGGCAGAGCAGGACUUCUUUUUGGGGGUGGGAGGGGGAAGGGAGACUAAUAGCUGAGGUUAUGACAGAUUCCUACUAGGUCAUGUCAGCUUAAGCCUUCGUAAUUAUAAGUUUUGUUUCUUAACUCUGUCCAGUUAGAGACUAAACAUUAUACUUUCUUUACUACUGAAUUAGCCAAAACACUUAUGAAGAAAUUGUUUAAGUACCUCUGGCUUAGAAUUUUUUUUCAUGUACACUGUUGGAAUGUAUGCUAAGUAAACAUGCAAUUGAGGGAAAAAAAUAAUAUUGAUUGAUUUUUACUAUUUCUAGUAGAAAGAAAAAAUAUCUAUUUUCCAAGAGUAGUCUUGCUAUGUAUCCUAUUUUGUAAUUUUUUUGAAGAAAGUUCAGUUCUACUCAGUUUUUAUCCUGUUUUCUCUAUAUGUCACGCUUUCUGUGAAACAAAAAGGUAUCUUUUACUUUGAACUCUUGAUCAUCAGUAGUAUUAUAUAUCGAGGGAAUCAGAAGUAGGAAGGGAAAAUGAAAGAGUAGCACAGGAAAAAAAAUUUCCUCUUAUUACUUCCAAAGUAAUUUUUAAAAAAUAUUUGCAGAAUCAAUCAUGUGUUUAUUUUGUUUGUCAUGGAACUGAGUAUGGAAGAUAAUGUCUUUAAACUUUAAGGUCUUUACUUUUUUGAAAUGAAUAUCCUUUAGAACAGGUAUUUUAUUGUCUAUUAAAUAUUGAUUUAUCUUGAGUUAUUUUGCUGACUAGUAAGUCUGUAAUGUAAGUGUUAAUCACCUCCACUAAUAGUAAAGUGAUAAUUAAGGAUCCAGAAGCUGGCUUCUGCAUUUGUUCAAUUAUACUUUUAAUGGUAGUAUGUUUUUAGAUGAAACAAAUUAAUAUGUGAUUGUUGUCAAGGAAAUGUACUCUAUUGUAUGAUAUUUUCAUAUUAUGAGAUACCCAUUCCUAAUAUAAAGUGAUAUGUUGGGAUUAUUUUGUUUGUAUGCAUGAAGUAUGAUUAUGUUUAAAGAUUAAGCAUCGGAUGGGAUAUCAGCGACCAUAUAGUUAACUUCCCACCCAAAGAAGUGAAACUUAUGAAUUAUUUAAAUGAUUAUUGUUACUUGGAACAGCCACUUGAGGCUGUCUUGGUAUUUUUUGGAAUUGUUUUAAAGUCAAUUUGAGUCUCACAGAAAGGAAAUUAGAAUUUCUUAAUAGUCACAAUUAAUUUGGACCACAAGUAUCCAGCUUAACAGUUAGUUAAUUCACUUCACCUUUGUUCCGAAUGAGUCUGGGCAACUUCAACAGACACAAGUACACCUCAAAGGAGGUUAUUUUUAAAACCUGUUUCACAUGUUCCCAAGCAGAAAUAUUCUGCUUAAUAGUAUUAUAAUGGUAAUGGAACCAUGACCUCCUAAGAAGACUGCUUCAAUGUAGCUGGUAAUUCCUGGUGUUUUUCUUAAAAAUUGAAAUGAAUUAGUCACUUGAAUUUA